GAGGCAUCACCGCUCGCUGAGCGCCGCGCGUUGACUGUGCGCUCCAUCCUGCGCAGGGAGGCUGAUGGUGGACGCGUCUCUCUAGUCGGUUAGGAGUGGAGCCGCCUCCAUGUUUGUAGAAGGGACUCUCUGUCACCGCACCGAACCCUCGAAGUGACCGCGACAUGGACGCGUUUUGUGGAAGCGGCGGGAGCCUGGGCUCCAAAUUCUGGGAUUCGAACCUGACGCUGUAUACAAAUUCCCCGGACCUGACGCCAUGCUUCCAGAACACCGUCAUCGCCUGGAUCCCGUGCGUCUACCUCUGGGCCAUCCUCCCGUUCUACAUCCUCUACCUGCGCUACAACCGGAGAGGAUACAUCGUCCUGUCUGUGCUGUGCAAGGUCAAAACGGUGUUCGGCGUUCUGCUUUGGUGUGUGUGUUGGGCCGACCUGUUCUACUCCUUCCACAGACUGGUUCAGGAUGAGGCUCCGCCUCCCGUGUUCUUUGUCACGCCCCUAAUCCUCGGAAUCACAAUGAUCGCAGCGACGAUUCUCAUCCAUUAUGAGCGGCUGAGGGGCGUCCAAUCGUCCGGCGUUCUCGUCAUUUUCUGGUUCUUGGCCGUACUUUGCGCCAUUGUUCCUUUCCGGUCGAAGGUUAUGUCGUCAGUAAAUCAGGGCGUGUCGGACCGGUUCCGCUUCACCACCUUCUUCAUCUACUUCUCCCUGCUGGUGCUGGAACUCAUCCUCUCCUGCCUGAAGGAGGCCCGCCCCUUCUUCUCCCCGGUCUCCUCCGACUGCAAUCCCUGCCCGGAGUCCGACGCCGGCUUCCUCUCCAGACUCACAUUUUGGUGGUUUACAAAGUUGGCGAUUUUGGGCUAUAAGAGGCCCCUGGAAGAGAAGGACCUUUGGUCGCUGAAUGAAGAUGACAAAUCCAUAGAAGUCGUGUCCAAACUGAUCAAAGAGUGGGAGAAGGAGAAAGCCAGCUUGAGGUACUUUCUGGAGGCUGAUGGCCAACAGUCAUCCAAAGACAAACCAUACGUCAGCCCAACAAACCCUCAGAAGAGGGAGCCGUCCUUCCUGAAGGUUCUCAUCAAGGCCUUCGGACCGUUCUUUCUGAUCGGAUCCGUGUUCAAGCUUUUCCAGGACCUCCUGUCCUUCGUCAAUCCCCAGUUAUUAAGCGUUCUGAUCAAUUUCGUCAAAGACGGCAGUGCGCCGGCCUGGUGGGGAUUCAGCAUUGCCGCGCUGAUGUUUCUUUCUUCCGUCGCCCAAACGCUCAUCCUCCACCAGCACUUCCAGUAUUGCUUCGUCACCGGGAUGCGGCUGAGAAGCGCCAUCACUUAGUUCCAGCUCCCUGUCUCCCCCUUCUCUCUGGUCAUCACGAAUGCAGCGAAGCGUUCAUCUACGGUCGGCGAGGUGGUCAAUCUGAUGUCAGUGGACGCCCAGCGAUUCCAGGACCUGACCACCUUCCUGAACAUGUUGUGGUCGGCCCCUCUGCAGAUCUGUCUGGCUCUUUAUUUCCUCUGGCAGACACUGGGGCCUUCUGUGCUAGCAGGAGUGGCUGUCAUGGUUCUGCUCAUUCCCAUCAAUGCUUUUAUCGCCAUGAGGACCCGUGCCUUCCAGGUGGAGCAGAUGCAGUACAAGGACUCCAGAAUUAAACUGAUGAACGAGAUCCUCAACGGCAUAAAAGUCCUCAAACUCUACGCCUGGGAGCCGUCGUUUGCCCAGAAAGUCCUGGAGAUCCGCAGCAAAGAGCUGAACGUCCUGAGGAAGUCGGCCUAUCUCAACGCUCUGUCCACCUUCGCCUGGACCAGCGCCCCCUUCCUGGUGGCGCUGACCACGUUUGCGGUGUACGUCAGUGUCGACGAGAAGAACAUUCUGGAUGCAGAGAAAGCGUUCGUGUCCCUCUCUCUGUUCAACAUAUUGAGAUUCCCUCUGAAUAUGCUGCCCCAAGUCAUCAGCAACCUGGCACAGGUGAGUAAAGCCUAUAUCUCCUAUAUGAGGAGGCAGCUGUGUGGGGAUGAAUUGUUUGAACUCUUUCUUAAACACGAUACUAGUAUCAGAAACGCCAUCACGGUGCACGCGGGGACGUUCAGCUGGGCGAGGAGCAGCGAGCCGGUUCUACACAACCUCAAUCUGCUGGUCCCCACCGGCUCUCUGGUCGCUGUGGUUGGUCACGUCGGCUGUGGGAAGUCGUCUCUGGUGUCGGCUCUUCUUGGAGAGAUGGAGAAGAUGGAAGGAGAUGUCUCCAUCAGGGGUUCGGUGGCAUACGUCCCCCAGCAGGCCUGGAUACAGAACUCCACCCUGAAGGACAACAUUCUGUUUGGCCGGCCAGCAAAUGAGAAGAACUACAAGAAGGUUCUGGAAGCGUGCGCCCUGGUCACAGACUUGGAGGUGCUGCCGGGAGGAGAUCAGACCGAGAUCGGGGAGAAGGGAAUUAACCUGUCGGGGGGCCAGAAGCAGAGGGUCAGCUUGGCUCGGGCCGUCUAUAGCAGUUCAGAUGUCUAUCUCCUGGAUGACCCCCUCUCUGCCGUGGACGCGCACGUCGCUAAACACAUCUUCGACAACGUCGUUGGGCCCGAUGGGCUGCUGCGAGGGAAGACUCGGGUCUUGGUCACUCACGGGAUCAGUUUCCUGCCGCAAGUCGAUCACAUCGUGGUCAUCGUGGACGGCCGGGUGUCCGAAACGGGAUCCUAUCAGGAACUGCUGAAGCAAAAUGGAGCUUUCGCCGAAUUCCUGAGAAACUACGCCUACGACGAUGACCAGGAAUGGCGCCAUCACUCUCCGUCAUGGUGAACGUCUCUUCCAUUUGUCUCUCCAGUUCUGGAUGAGGAGGAGGUUCUCCUUGCCGAGGAGACGCUGAGCAAUCACGCCGACCUUGUGGACAACGAGCCCAUCGCAAACGAGGCCCGCAAGAAGUUCAUCCGACAAAUCAGCGUCCUGUCAUCGGACUCGGAACCGACGGCGCACGCCAUGUCUACGCGGAGGCGGGUCUGCGAGAGGAAGACGUCCGAGACGGCGGCAGCGAAGAAACCGCCGGUGGAUAAACUCAUCCAGACGGAAACGUCCGAGACGGGGAGGGUGAAAAUGACGGUUUUCUGGCAAUACAUCAAGGCGGUCGGCGUCCCGGUCGCGCUGUUCAUCUGCUUCCUGUACUGCUGCCAGAACGCGUCCGCCAUCGGCGCCAACGUGUGGCUGAGCGACUGGACCAGCGAGCCCAUAAUCAACGGGACGCAGGAGAACACGCAGAUGCGAGUUGGCGUUUACGCCGCGCUGGGGUUGCUGCAAGGCGUGCUGGUAAUGGCGUCCUCCUUCACGCUGGCCAUGGCCGGUAUCGGCGCUGCCCGAAAGCUGCACGAAGUUCUCCUGGACAAUAAGAUGCACACGCCGCAGUCCUUCUACGAUACCACGCCGAUCGGACGCAUCAUCAACCGCUUCUCCAAAGACAUAUAUGUGAUCGAUGAGGUCAUCCCGCCGACCAUCCUCAUGUUCCUGGCGACAUUCUUCACGUCUGUGUCAACCAUGAUCGUCAUCGUGGCCAGCACGCCGCUAUUCGCCGUCGUCAUCAUACCGCUCGCGUUCAUCUACUGCUUUGUACAGAGGUUCUAUGUAGCCACUUCCCGACAAUUGAAGCGUCUGGAGUCGGUCAGCAGGUCCCCCAUAUAUUCCCAUUUCUCGGAGACCGUCACGGGGGCCAGUAUCAUCCGAGCUUAUGGGAGGCAAACCAGCUUCAUCCAAUUCAGCGACACCAAGGUGGACGAAAACCAAAAGAGCUACUACCCCGGGAUCGUCUCCAACCGGUGGCUUGGAAUUCGUGUGGAGUUUGUUGGGAAUUGCGUUGUGCUCUUUGCGGCUCUGUUUGCAGUUAUCGGUAGAGAGAGUCUCACCCCGGGGAUCGUCGGUCUCUCUGUAUCCUAUGCAUUGCAGGUGACGAUGUCACUUAACUGGAUGGUGCGGAUGACCUCUGACCUGGAGACGAACAUUGUGGCUGUGGAACGUGUCAAGGAAUAUUCCGAGACGGAGACAGAGGCUCCCUGGAAUAUCGAUGAUAAGAAGCCGGAAGAAGGUUGGCCGAGUAAAGGUGAAGUGGAAUUAUCCAACUACUCCAUCCGGUACAGACCCGGCUUGGAUUUGGUGCUAAAAAACUUAAACCUGAAAGUCAAAGGCGGAGAGAAGGUUGGAAUUGUGGGAAGGACAGGAGCCGGAAAGUCUUCCAUGACGCUGUGCCUCUUCCGGAUCCUGGAGGCGGCUGAGGGGAUUAUCACCAUUGAUGGUGUAAAUAUCUCUGAGAUUGGACUUCAUGACCUUCGAUCUAUGCUCACUAUUAUCCCGCAGGACCCGGUGCUGUUUUCGGGCACUCUGCGGAUGAACCUUGACCCCUUCGAUAAAUACUCUGACGAUGAACUCUGGAAAUCGCUGGAGUUAUCCAACCUGAAGAAGUUUGUCUCCAGCCAGGCCGAGAAACUGGACUAUGAGUGUGCGGAGGGCGGAGAGAAUCUGAGCGUUGGUCAGCGUCAGCUGGUUUGUCUGGCCCGAGCUCUUCUCCGUAAAACUCGCAUCCUCAUCCUGGACGAAGCCACGGCCGCCAUUGACCUGGAGACGGACGACCUCAUCCAAAUGACCAUCCGCACACAGUUCGAGGACUGCACGGUGCUGACUAUUGCACACCGGCUCAACACCAUCAUGGAUUACACCAGGGUUCUCGUCCUCGAUAAAGGAAAAAUAGCCGAAUUCGAUACGCCGGCCAAUCUCAUCGCAUCCAGAGGGAUAUUUUACGGCAUGGUGAAGGACGCCGGCCUGGCAUAA